GUGGACUAGAUGGCGCAAGCGUGGGGUACGAUUUUGAUUUGACGGCAAGCGGGCCCCGCAUUGACUCGUCAUCCUCUCCUCUAAGGAGCGGGCCGGGCGGGUAAGUUGGUGGCGUGGGUCGAUGUGUGAAGAGGACAGGGGUGAGAGGGCACAGAAAGCGUGCAAUGAGAUGGCGACGCGUGUACAGCGCCAGCUGUAUGCGAUUGCGAGCGGAACCGGAAGAGGGCGGGAGCGCCCUCCGUUACGUCGGUCGCCGCCGACCCAGGUGGCUCUGCCUCUCUAUAAAACCCCUCCGAAGCACUUCAUCUUCUCCUUCGUUGGGGGAGUUUGGGUCCCUUGGCGGCGGCGAUGGGAAGCAGGAAGGAUGUGGAUAGGAUCACGGGGCCGUGGAGCCAAGAGGAGGAUGAGGCGCUGCAGAGUCUGGUGCAGCGCCACGGACCUAGGAACUGGUCGCUCAUCAGCAAGUCCAUCCCGGGUCGCUCCGGAAAGUCAUGCCGGCUGCGGUGGUGCAACCAACUCUCGCCACAGGUGGAGCACCGCCACUUCACGGCGGAGGAGGACGAGAUCAUCGUCCGCGCCCACCGCCGCUUCGGCAACAAGUGGGCUACCAUCGCCCGCCUCCUCUCCGGCCGCACCGACAACGCCAUAAAAAACCACUGGAACUCCACCCUCAAGCGCAAGUAUAGCACCGCUUGCCCCGUCGACAACGAGCUGCGGCACCGGUACGACGCGAUCACGACGGAAAAGGAGGCGGCGGCGCAUCGGGAGAACGAGGCGGUGGCGACGAGGCCGCUGAAGAGAGCAAGCAGCGACGGCCUCACCCUGUUGUCCGGCGGAGCGGGUCUUUGCUUCAGCCCCGGAAGCCCGUCUAGAUCCGAUCUCAGUGAUUCCAGUCACCACAGUCACUCGCUAAUCUCUCCGCCGGCGGCGGCGUCACACAUCCAUCAGCCGUUUCCCAGAACUGGCGGUGUCGUGACUCUCUCCUUUUCUCCGAGCCAACACCACCAUCAUGGCGGACCGAUCACUGCUGCUGCUGAUCCUACUUCUCUAAAGAACGACGACGGUCCAACGACCUUGCUGACCCUCUCCCUCCCCGGCUCAGAUAAGUUUCACACCUCCAGCCACCGCCACGUCCUGACCGGUCCCAACACCAACAACCAGAACCAGCUCCAACCACUGCCGUCCUCCGCUCAUGCCUCCCAUCGGAUGAUGCAGCGAUGUUCAGCCACCGCCGCCAGCCCUUCUGGCCGCUCCCGGAUUCCGAGCGCCGAUGAUGAGCGUCGGUCUGCACCUUUCUCAUUCAGCGGCGAGUUCAUGGCAGUCAUGCAAGAGAUGAUCCGCAGCGAGGUGCGGAGCUACAUGGUCGAACUGGAGCAGGGCCGCAUGGUGUGCGGCACGCAGCCGCCGCCCUGCAACGCCGCGGCGAAGCGCGUCGGAGUAACGGAUGCAGAGUAGAGUACGUUGUGAAUCCAGAUCAUGAAGGAAUGAAGGAAUCAAAGAAUGUCUUGGACCAAGAAGAAGACAACGGUGUCUCCUUUUCCUCUCUGGUAGUCGCUCUCAAUAGUAAUGGGUUGGAUGCUUCAAUGAGAGAAGGAAAUUGUACAGGAAAACGGGAAAGAAGUGGGAAGAAGAGCGAGCACUUCGUUUCAAUCUCCUCCUCCUCCUCUGUUCUAUUCCGUGUAAUGAUUGUGAAGAUGGAGGAGGUUUUUUCUUGGUUUACCAGUGAUUAUUUGGUUCCA